GAAAGCCAUCGCCAAGUCCAACCUGCAGUCGGUUCAGCCCAACGUGUCGACGUCCGGCCAGAUGGACUUUCUCCAGCCCAGCAGUACUGUGGACUGGACUGAAAACGCUCAGUAUGGCGAACACAUCUGGUUUGAGGCCAGUGUUUCCGGAGACUUCUGUUACGUUGGAGAGCAGUACUGCGUCGCCAAAUCUCUGCAAAAGUCCGUCGCCAGGAUGAAGUGUGCGGGAUGUAAGAUAUCCGUACACGUCACGUGCAUGGAGCAGCUGGAGAAGAUUAACUUCAGGUGCAAACCGUCGUUCAGGGAGCCGGCGUGUCGAGCCAGCAGAGAGGGCAACGUGGUGCGACAUCACUGGGUCCACAGGAGGCGGCAGACCGGGAAGUGUCGGCAGUGUGGGAAGGGCUUCCAGCAGAAGUUUACGUUUCACAGCAAAGACAUUGUUGCUAUCAGCUGCUCGUGGUGCAAACAGGCGUACCACAACAAGGUGACGUGUUUCAUGCUGCAGCAGAUAGAAGAGUGUUGCUCUCUGGGAGCUCACGCCGCCGUCAUCGUCCCCCCAACGUGGAUCAUCAGAGUCCGCCGGCCGCAGAUGUCUCUGAAAUCCAGCAAAAAGAAAAAACGAACGUCGCUGAAGUGCAACAAGGGGAGCAAAAAGGGAGGAGAGAUCCAAGAUGGCCGCUGGAAGCCCUUCCUGGUGAAGCCCCUCCCCUCGCAGCUCAUGAAGCCUCUGCUGGUGUUUGUUAACCCAAAGAGUGGAGGCAAUCAGGUUGGAGCUGUACUCCAAAGUGCCCAAUCUGAGGAUCCUGGCGUGCGGCGGUGAUGGCACGGUGGGCUGGAUUCUGUCGGUGUUGGAUGAGUUGAAGCUCCGCCCCCAGCCUCCUGUGGCCAUCCUUCCUUUGGGGACGGGGAAUGACCUGGCCAGGACCCUCAACUGGGGCGGGGGUUACACGGAUGAACCCAUCACAAAGAUCCUGUCUCAUGUGGAGGACGGGAACGUGGUCCAGCUGGACCGGUGGAACCUACACGUGGAGGCCAACCCGGAGGUUCGACCUGACGAGCGGGAUGAGCAGCAGACAGAUAAGCUUCCAAUCGAUGUUUUCAACAACUACUUCAGCCUGGGCUUCGACGCUCACGUCACGCUGGGCUUCCAUGAAUCCAGAGAGGCGAACCCAGAGAAAUUCAACAGCCGCUUCAGGAAUAAGAUGUUCUAUGCUGGGACGGCCUUCUCUGACUUCCUGAGUGGCAGCUCCAAAGAUCUGGCGAAACACAUCAAAGUGGUGUGUGAUGGCACAGACCUCACAGCCAAAGUCCAGGAGAUGAAGCUGCAGUGCCUCCUCUUCCUCAACAUUCCCAGGUACUGUGCCGGCACCACACCGUGGGGGAACCCCAGCGAGCAUCAAGACUUCGAACCUCAGCGUCACGACGACGGCUGCAUCGAGGUCAUCGGCUUCACCAUGACAUCACUGGCCACGCUGCAGGUGGGCGGUCACGGCGAGCGUCUCCAUCAGUGUAAGGAGGUGACCCUCACCACCACCAAGUCCAUCCCCAUGCAGGUGGACGGAGAGCCCUGCAAGCUGUCCCCGUCCAUCAUCCGCAUCAGCCUGCGCAGCCAGGCCAACAUGGUCCAGAAGGUGAAGAGGAGGAUCAACAUGCCCCACCUGAACGAUCAGCAGCCGGUUCCAGAGAAGCUGCAGAUCACAGUGAACCGGAUCAGUAUGGCAGCCUACGAGGCUCUGCACUACGACAAGGACCAGCUGAAGGAGGCCUCCGUGCCGCUCGGACUCAUCGUCGUCCCCGGGGACAGCGACCUGGAGAUGUGCCGCCUGCACAUCGAGCGCCUGCAGGACCACCAGGACCACCAGGACCAGGACGGAGACACGGUGACCGAAGACAGCCUGUCCUCUCAGAAACUGUCCCUGAACUGGUGCUUCCUCGACUGUACGACUGCAGAUCGCUUCUACAGGAUCGAUCGGGCUCAGGAACACCUGAACUACGUGACAGAGAUCUCUCAGGACCACCUCUACAUCCUGGACCCGGAGCUGGUCCUCAAGGAGACAGUGGGAACCUCGCCCAGCAUGCCUGACCUGGUGGACUCUGAGGACCCCCCGAGACAAUUCUCCUACCCCUGCUCCCCGUCCUCCCCCACCUGCUCCAGCACCGCCAGGAGAGGAGCAAAGUUUAUCAGUGUUGAUCGCUCUGAUUCAACUGUGGCUGAUCUCAGACCAGCUGAUAGAACCUCGACUGCUGCCUCACUGAUGACUGAAAAAGGUGAAGAACUGAUCCACUGCGUCCAGAACCAGAACCUGGACAGGCUGAAGGAACUCCACCUGCAGGGGGUGGAGCUCCAGCUGCAGGACGCAGGUGGCUGCACGCUGCUGCAUCACGCCGUGCAGUCGGGCAGUAAAGAUGUUGUGAAGUACCUCAUCGACCACGUGUCGACCUCUCACCUGGACGUUGCAGAGAAAGACUCAGGUGAGACAGCGCUCCAUAAAGCCGCCGCCCUCUGUCAGAGGAGCAUCUGUCACUUCCUGGUGGAGGCGGGGGCAUCUCUGAUGAAGACAGACCUGCAGGGCGACACACCCAAACACCGCGCCGCCAAGGCCAACGACCAGGAACUGGCUGACUACCUGGGGAGCCGCCAGCAUUACCAGAUGAUCCAGAGAGAGGACGAGGAGACGGCGGUGUGACCCGGAACCAGACUGGUCUUGGUUCUGGACUCACUUUGUUUGAUGAAAUGAACCAAACACCCAGUCUGACUGUAAGCAGUGGUCCGUGGUGGUCCCUUCCUGCUGUCAGGGGGAAUGAAGAUGAAGACAUAGAUUCCACGUUUUCCUGUUUUCCUGGACGAGACGAGGCGUCUCUCUGGGUCCAGAUUCUUCCUGCUCAGAACCCUUCAGUCCUCCGGUUGACCCGAAGAACAGAAAAACCUCCCGGACACUAAAAACCAAAUCAAACUAGCUUUUAUUAGAGAGAAACAGGAAGUGUCUGCAGCUUUUAGUGACAUUUUGGAUGUUUUUCUUUCUCCAGAGAAAUAAAUGUUUGGAUAUUUAACGUAGGCAGCAGUGACUUUAAAUAUUUAUGAUGUGUUUGUAGAGGAGAACAUUUUACUGUAAUCACAGCUUUACUUGUUUAACCUGUUUGUUAGAAGCUGCAGCAGGAAGUUGUCGUGUGUAAAUACCUGCGGCGCUGAUUCUGAUGAAGGUUUUAAAGAAUCUGAGGUCAGGUUCUGAAGGCAGCCCGGUCCGUCCGCUCAUUAACAAGCUUCAUGUGUUCACUGUCUGGUUUCAUCAUUUCUGACCUGCAAUAAAGCUCGUCAACAACUUCC